GCGUUCGUGGAAACAGCUACAACCUCGCCAAGGUACCCUACCUAACUACACCGUUUACCGAUACCUUAUCUGCGGUACUUGGUUUAAUUGAUCCAUGUUCUGCAGGUAACUUGGGUCGAUACCUACCUACCUACCUUACCUAUGUUGGCAGGUUAAAAAAAAAAAAAAAAGAGUUGACAUCCAAUGCCAAGAUCCCACAUGUGCAGAAUCAUUUCACCAUGACUGCAGGAACCUAACGCUACAGCAUCCCUUCUCCUUGCUCUCUGAAAGCUAUGUCCCAUUACCUCGGCACCGACAAUCGCAUUUGCCGGCCGCUUUAAACAAUCGAUAAAAGAGUCCAGUCUUCCAUGGUCCCUUACCUUACUCACCUACGCGCUCGCCUGGAUUGACCAACCGUUUCUGGUUCUCUGUCACAAGCUGUCCGUUCGCUAUCCUCCCUGUAUAUACAUACACCUAUACAACUGGCCACCUACCUACCUACCGACCUACCUAGCAACCCUAGGUACACGGGCACCCAUCAAACCUCCCUGUUGACAAUGAGCCUGUCGCCCUCUGACAAUGGGCUCCCCUUCGUCAGCCUCUUCACCACCUGCUGCGGACAAGAUCGCUUUUGCCGAAGCAAGUGAGGUGAAAGCCCUCGAUACCAAUAUAUAUUCUGUGCAGUUCCACAAGGCUUUUCGAAUUGCGAUGGUGCCCCAUGGAGGCUAUGUUGCAACAUGUUUCCUCCGUGUGGCGGCACUACACCUUGCCCGGUCCUCCCGUGGCCAGCCAGACACCAUGACGGCACACCUCGAGUACCUGGACCGCACCGAGGUUGGCCCUGCCGUCUUUGUCGUCGAAGAGAUGAAGGCUGGCAGGCAGACCACAGUCCUUCAGAUAACUCUCUACCAAUCACGCGAUGGGGUCAAAAACCCGCUGCCCACCUCGGCCCCGUGGCUCCCGGCUGAUGGCACGGCAAAGCGAGAGGUAGUGGCCUUUGUCAAAAAUACGGAUUUCGACAAGUUGGAAGGCUUGACGCUCAAGACGGGCUUCAGGCUCGAGCCACCUCCCGAUGCUAUGCCGCUUAGCCUUGAACGUAUGCGCCAAGGCCACGAUCCGCUCUGGUGUCGGUAUCCCGCACCGGCCCACCAUCGUGCCUUGACCCAGCCAGCGUUCAAAGCCCUCGAGUAUUACAGCCCGAGGGCCGAGUCCAAGGCCGGCCCGACUGCCGCAGUAGGUAUCCUCGAUAGAUGGAUUCGGUUCGCAAACGGGGAAAGAUUCACCGGCCCGUCUCUGGGAUUCGUGGCAGACGCGUGGCCCAUGAUCGUCGAGUCCUACCGUCCGGAUCCGCCACCUACCGACGAAGAGACGGAAGCAAGCCAAACGCCAUUCCCUUGGGACUCACUAUUCUGGUAUCCUACUCUCAACAUGAGCCUAGAAGUCAAAAAACGACUGCCCGAGCAAGGCGUUGAGUGGUUAUUCUUUCGCGUGCAGACCAAGCAGAUUCGCAAUGGACGCAUGGAUAUGGAGACUGUCAUUCUUGAUGAGACGGGCGAUCUAGUCGCCCUUGCGAGCCAUGUAUGUCUAGUUCUUGGACUUUCCCGCAACCUCGCAGGGCGCGUCAAGCACAACGAGACCAUACGCAGUACGAAAGAUGAGGGCGGCUUGAUGAAGGGCAAGAGCCGCAUCUGAGUACACGGGUAGCAUAGGCGGACAAAAUGCGCAUCUUUGUUCACAUUUUGGCUUCGUACCCUCACCCAAAGUUCGGCCACUGGAAGUGCUAUCAUUAUUACGACCUGGUUCGUUCCGCUCGAGUCGUUCUAAAUUUGAUCAAGUGGCUGGCUAAUAGCCCAUCUCCUGCGGAAAAAGAGUUGGGUCCAGUCCCGAAAAUGUACCUCUGCGGCUGAUCAAGCCAAUCAGAUGUAAAAUUGCAUCUUGUGCCACAAGUUUUCUAGGCAGACAAACAAGAGGCCUGGGGCAGUUGGACGCGCCAGCCACGUCGACCGCCUGGCAUAAAUCCACUUGAUAGUUUGGGCUGGUGGCGUACGCCACAACGAACAAAUUUCCCCUGGAACCAUGACGCACAGAUGACUGCUUUUAGUCCAUGUCUAGCCUAAAAUUCCAUGAAUUACGCACAUACAGGCCCUGAUGCUUUUACGAGGGCCCACCAGUGCCACCCACCCACCAAGAAGGCGCCAGGACACCCACGAGCAGUCAAUUCCUUCCCCAACUGUUUGUUUAUCAAACGCCUUACAUGAACGGAGAACGAGCGUAUCAAAACGUACAGCUCCCUGACCCACCGGAACUCUGAAUCGCUGCCCGAAAAUGUCCGAGUUCUAGUGCGCUGUGGGGGGGGGGGGGGGGGGGCAAGCCUCGCUCAACUAGGUAUCUACAUUCCGUAUAUGCCACCAAGGACCUGAAUCGUUAGUGUCUUGAUUGCAACCUUCAGCUGUCUGUCUUGUGGAUAAAGACGAAAUAAUAGUCGGCUAGUUGGACACCAGCUUUUUUUUUUUCGCAAUUCCCACCACUAAACACGCCAAUGUUUGGAU